AUGCUCGCACACGGACCGCAGGGUGAUCGCCAUAGCGCUGUCGCCAUGACUCACGACGCUUUUGGAGAGCCAAUGCCCAAUCUUGCAAUCUACCUGGAAGAGAUCAAGUACUUCUUGGACGAUAUGUACGGUGGCCACUGGCAGUCAGUUCGAUUGCUUCUGAAGCGUGCCGCGGACGCCUCGGAAGACCUUGUCCUGGAGAUGCCGCAAAGCCAAACCUCUCAGGACAUUGGCGAGGCUAUCGAGUCUAUGAAGGUCAUCAUAAGCAGGGGCAAGUGUCCGAGGUUCGUGAUUAUUGAGGCUCCGAGCCAACUGCAGCGAGACUUGAUUUACAGCGUUGAGCGCCUGAGGUUCAUGUGCAAAGGCACAGCGACCGUGUUUCCAUAUCCUUCGCUAACUGACAAUUUCAAGCAAAAGCUUCGAUCCGAGAAGUUGAGCGCUUCGGACAUGCUAGAAGUCUUGUCGCCGUACUACGACUUUGUAGCUGAGCGUGAACCACAGUGGGUGUGCGCCGAGAAGUUCGCUCGAUGUGCAAUUAUUGUGAUGGUCUUCUCGAAGGGACAGGACGACUUCGUGUGGCACGUGUGGGAUGCCGAGAAUGAAGGAGGGCAGUGGGCUUUUCCUGGCGGUGACGUCAACCGCGUGUUUGAUGUGGACUUGUGCGGAACUGCAGAGCGGGAGUGGAACGAAGAGGUGCUUGGGUUCGAUUUCAACGUGGCCCGUGACAACUCGAUCGAACCCAUCGUCUUGCCAUUUCUGGCCAGCAAGAGUGCUCGCUACCCUGUACAGCCCUACAUAUAUGUAAAAGCGACGCCGGAAUUCUUCGAGGCAACUCAGUCAUCACAGGUUGAACGCUUCCGCUUCUCUUUACCGCCAAACGCUGUGUUAAAAUCGCGAAACAUGCAAGUUGAGGAUUUCCGGCGCUUCCACACCGAUCCCUCGGUGGCCUUCGUUGAGCAUGAAUGGGGUGCGUGGGCGAAGAUUGAGAUGGAUGGCUCCCAAUUCAUCCCGCCAAUUCACGGAGAUGGUGAGUGUGGCCCUCGUGGCACGAAGGUGCGUUGGGAGAAUGUGGCGGCGCUGCAGCAGCAUUGGCCAGAAUUUGCCUUGCCUUUGCUGGGCCGUUCGCAUGCUUUGGGGCAGGUCAAAGGCAAGGGCUCAGGGGGAAAAGCAAAAGCACUUGGAAAGCGAAGCUUGCACCCGAUGCAAGUUGGCGGGCAAGGAGUGCAAGCUUGCGGGAAAGGUGCUGGGAAGGCAAGCAAAGCUUGGCCGAUCGUGAGAACCGGAGGCGGCGCUGAGCCUAAAUCUCGUAUCGCGCACAUUAAAAAUUGGCACCUGAAACCCCACGGCUGA